AUGUGGCGGUACAAAAGCCUCAAGCGUUCACCGCCUCAAGGAUCUGAUCUCGAUGACUUUCUCAAGAUCGUUUGGUUGGCUAUCAAAGAGAACAAGGGCAGGCUUUGGACUAAGAACUUCUUUGACUCGGUCAAGCCAUCUGUUCUUGCUGAGAAGGGCAAGGCAGCUUCCUGGGAUAGUCAGGCAGUCGAACAUGCUCGCAGAACCCUCUCCGCGUGCCAGAUCUUUCUCUACCAGCCAUUAUUCUACCUCAAUAACGGCGGUGUUGGCACCGUUUUAUCUAAUCAAGGAGCGUCGAUGACUACUAAAGGUGCACCCAACGAUCUGAUUCACAACUUUAAUCCACUCACACUGAUGGUCUUCGCGCCCAUCAUGUCGUUUGUUCUAUACCCCCUCUUGAACAGAUACCACAUCAAGUUUGGCCCCAUUAGUCGCAUGACUGUCGGCUACACCUCCGCCAUCAUCGGAAGCAUUGUCGGUGCAAUUAUCCAGUGGAGGGUCUAUAAAACCUCACCUUGCGGAUACCAGGCUUCAACAUGCGAUAGUGUAUCCCCGGUUUCUAUCUGGUGGCAGCUGCCAACCGUUAUGCUGGGGGCUAUUGGUGAGCUCUUUACCGUAGUCACGGCAUACGAGAUGGCAUAUGCAAGGGCGCCUGAGGGUAUGAAGUCUACUGUUGUUGCCAUCAACUUGGCUAUGCAGGCUCUGUCUUCGGCGUUGGCUCAGAUCUUGAUUCCUUCGAUCAAAGAUCCCAAUCUUAUCUGGGCGUGGGCUGCUCCUGGAAUUGCUCUCCUCGUCCAGACCAUCAUCUUUUGGGUUCGACAUCACCAUGUGAAUGAUGAGAAGUUCCUGCUACGUGAGUCUUUUGAAGAAGGUGAAUUCUCAGUUGCGGAAAAGAAAUAG